UACAGAUCGGAGAUAAUGUAAGUUGAGAGGCAAGCAUCAUGCCUGUCAUUUCGUGUCGGGUAAUCCUUGGAAGACGUUGACAACAGCGCAAAAAAUAAAGCACAGAAGGCUUGCUUUCAUUGGGCAAAGAAAGGUUGGUUCUCAGAAGUUAUAAGUUUUCAACAGGGUUUUAUUAUGCUCCAUUCUGCUAAUGUCAUGAGUUAUCGAAGUCAGAAGCCAAAAAACCGACAUGAAUGGUUCAAUAUGACAGUGACGUGCAGGCUGGUAUUGUAAUACUAAGAAGGGUGCCAGCUGCUGUGCAAAUAACUCGAUUAAGUCUGCAUUGGUGAAUUAAAAUUGGAAGGAAAAUGUCUUGCUGUGGAGGAUACAGUGGCUGUGGUUCUGGCCGCAAUUGUGGCAGCGGCUGCGGAGGUUGCGGAAUGUACCCUGAUGUCGAGAAGGACACAACUGUGACCCUGAUUGAAGGGGUAGCACCAGUGAACAUUUUCCCCGAGGGAUCCGAGAAAAGCUUCGUAGCAGAAGGAGGUCAUGGCUGCAAGUGUGCACCAAGCUGCCGAUGCAACCCUUGCAACUGUUGAUGAAAAAAUGACUGAUCUGUUGAUCUCCACUUAGUAAUUAUGACUACUAUGAUGCGACCCUUGGGUAGCCUCAGUUGUUAAUGUUCCUGAUGGUGUGUGGUAAAGCUUGUCCUAAAUAAGAAAGCCAUGACUUCUGCAGAUCUCCACUCUGGAUUUUGCUGAUGUCUUAUGGCUAUGUUCUGGUCGUGUCCCUUUUCUUUUUCUUUUUUUUUUUUUUUUUUUUUUUUUUUUUUUUUUUUUUUGUGUUUGUUUGAUGCUAGCGUGAAGACUACAAUGAGUUGUGUAAGAUUAAAAGUACUACUGAAAUAAUUCCUUCACUGUGGUGAAAUUUGUCAUGCGAAUUAUUCUGCUGUUACGACCCUCCUCACUGGAGAGUUCCCUGAGCUGAUAGCUGAAGUUACGAUGAAAUUUUGCCAGAUAACUUGAUCUAAGGGUAAGACUAAAAUUAACCGGAACUCUCAGAUCAUCUGUUUGUAUGAUUCCAGUGCAGAAAUCAUUCAUCUGUAUUUUGAUAUUUCCAAUCAAAAAGGCUUUUUAUGUUCCCCUCUAUGGCAUUUUGAUCAAAAUGGUACAUUCAAGUCUAAAGGCGGGCAAGGUAGACACCUUAUAUGGAUGGCUAACCCAUUUAAAUUCAAGUUUGGAAAAUAAAGAAAUUCAAAGUCAGUCACCUGCAUACAUAAGAAGCCCUGUAGAAAUUUUAGUAUCAUUUAAAUGAGCAAGGACCAAAGUGACAACGGGGGCAAAGGCUAAAGACCCAAAUGAAAGUACCUCAAAUCAUUAGCGUUGAAUUGAUUGAAUCACUUCCCUUAUUUACUCUCCAUUGUCGGAGUUUCCCUCCAAAAGAUGCAAAUCGUAGCAGUCGUUCAUAAACAAAGUGUCUUAAGAGCAAUACGUCGAACAAUUGCCGUCCCUUUAUGUUCUCCCCGCCACUUCCGCUGUUUUGGCCCCAACUUUUGCACCCAAACAGCAAAGCCAACCCUUAUUCCGUGCCCAGAAACUUCGGAUUCGGAGAGAGAACAAGUAGAGAACGAAGAAAGAGGAGCAAAGAGCUUGAGCUGGAGAAUUGAAAAGCUGCCAAGAGGAGAGCCUGUUGCUUCAGCCUUCCAGAGCUGGAUGCGUGAUGGCUUCCCAAUUCACAGAGGCGACAUUUUUCAUACUAUCAACCGUUUGCGUAAAUUCAAAGCCAACAAACGUGCCCUUGAGGUAAUGGAAUGGGUCAUUAGGGAGAGACCCUACAGGCCGAAGGAGCUAGAUUACUCGUACUUACUGGAAUUCACUACUAAGCUUCAUGGGGUAUCAAAAGGUGAGAGCCUUUUUUCUCAUAUCCCAUCAGAGUAUCAAAAUGAGUUGCUCUACAACAAUCUUGUAUUGGCAUGCUUGGACAAAGGCUUAAUAAGGCUUUCACUUUCGUAUAUGAAGAAAAUGAGGGAAUUGGGCCAUCUCAUAUCAUAUCUAGUAUUCAAUCGCCUCAUUAUUCUUCAUUCAUCUCCUGGCCGGAAAAAGACUAUUCAGAAAAUUCUGACCCAGAUGAGAGCAGACAAGGUGGUUCAACAUGUUUCUACAUACAACAUUCUGUUAAAGAUAGAAGCUAAUGACCACAACAUUGAAAGAUUGGCAAAAGUGUUUGGUGAUAUGAAACAAGCAAAUGUUGAGCCAAAUGAGAUUUCCUACUGCAUAUUAGCUACUGCACAUGCUGUGGCGAGGUUGUCUACUGUAUGUAAAGCUUAUGUUGAAGCUAUUGAGAAAUCGACAAGUGGAAACAAUUGGUCAACAUACGACAUUCUUGUUAUACUGUAUGGAUACUUGGGUAUGCGGACUCAGCUAGAAAGAAUCUGGAGCAUCAUUCAGGGACUACCAAAUGUUAGGUCUAAGAGUUUUGUGCUUGCAGUUGAAGCAUUUGGCAGAAUAGGAGACAUAAAUCGAGCUGAAGAGCUUUGGGCAGAAAUGAAAUUAGUCAAGGGAUUGAAAUCUACAGAGCAGUUGAAUUCACUGAUAUCUGUGUACUGCAAACAUGGUUUUAUCACAAAAGCAACCAGCCUGUACAAAGAAAUGGAGAAAAAUGGAUGCAAACCUAAUGCUAUUACCUUCCGGCAUCUUGCUCUUGGUUGCUUGAAAGCAGGGUUAAGAAAUGAAGCUAUCAAAACCCUUGAAUUGGGAAUGGAUAUUUCAGUGAGCAUGAAAGUUAGGAGGUCCACUCCAUGGCUAGAGACCACUCUUUCAAUACUUGAUAUUUUUGCAGACAAUGGUGAUGUUGAAAAUGCAGAGAAAUUGUUUGAAGAAUUAAAGAAAGCCAACUAUACAAGGUAUACAUUCGUUUAUAAUACAUUGAUAAAGGCGUAUGUUAAGGCAAAACUACAUGAACCAAAUCUUCUGAAGAGGAUGAUUCUUGGAGGGUCUAGACCGGACUCUGAGACCUAUAGCCUGUUGAAACUCAUUGAGCAGUUUCCUAAGUGAUUGUAGUGUAAGCCGUUAUAAUUAUUUGCAUACGUUGUUGAGCUGAUCAAACAGAAUUUUAUGGAUAAGAGAUAUCUAAUGCAAAAUCACUCUGCUACUAGUUCUGGACCUUUUGUCCCACACGCGCUAAAGUUGGCGGCAUGAUGCUGCUUAAAUGCUUGCUUCUGCUUGUCGGUGGUUAUAUUUCAGAUGCACUCUCAGCUCCAUUUUUUAAGACAUGCUUACCUCUCUUGACGUAAGCACAAGGAUUCUUGAAACUUGUCCACGCUUUCUCCCGAACAUUAGACCAUUAGACCAAGUACUGCAUUUCUGGCUAUUACUUCUCUCCUCUUUGCUUAAGCUUUAAGUAUUGACCGGCAUCCUGCUUAAUGCCAUUGGGGAUGGUAUUGAGAUUCUGAAGCUGCCACUUUUUGACACUGAUUUCAAGGUUGCUUCAAAAAUGUUGACGUGGAAUAGCAUUCACCUUUGUCUCUACUGACCAGUUUAAAAUAUCUGCACUAUGGGUUCUAACAGGCCAAUGGAAAGAAUCGAUUCCUUCAUGUCGAGUUUCUUUGACAGAAUCUACAAAUGCGGCUUUGUAGCUUAUAUGUACACUCACACCUCACGGAUGGGAAUGUCACCAGCAUAGAUAGCGAUUCACUUUUUGGGGCAUGUCGAGCGGAUUUUAACUAUCAAAAUAAUGAAGUUCGAUCUGACUUGAUAUGUUAGGAACUAAUUAACUUAGCAGUCUUGUUAUGGAAGUAAUGUGAGCUUGUUUAGUCAUGGACUUUGUAUCUGAACUUUGGGUUUUUAAUUUGGGAAUUUAGUUAUCACAUCCGCGGCAUUCAGAAUUUUUGCAUCUUUGACGGAGAUAUUCAAAGCCUUCAUAUUUUGUUACGCACACAAAGAUUACCAGAGGGCACUUUAGGAAUUGGUUGUAACUUGUAUUUUCUAUUCUGCAAUUUGUUUUGUUUGU